AGGAGAGAUCGAGAAAAGGACAGACAAAACUCCCCACCCCACUCCCCAUCUCCACUCCCCUGUUGAGUUCGGCUGCCGAGUGUGUCUAGGUUCCUCCUCGCUUAUUACCCUCCUGACGUGUGUCCAAGACAGGAUGUCUGAAGAUGGGAGACAGAUGCCACGACUCAACCUGCAGCGGGACUCUCCACAGCUCAGCAAGGCUCAGUUGGACUACAUGAAACUCAUUGAGGGACAGAAUGCAGAGCGAGUGCGUAAAUUGGCACUGCAACGGAGAAACAACGUGAUUGUCGGCUCCUUGAUCGGCCUCGGCGUUCUGAGCAUCUAUGGCUAUUCUAUCUACUCUGUGAAGCAGGAGAAGUUCUUAGAUGAGCUGGAGUAGUUGCAGCGGUGUCACUCUUCCUCCUGUCUGUCACUAUCUCCUCCUCUUCCUGCUACUCACUUACCUUCAGUCAUCAUUUUUCCUUCAUUCUUCUCAUUCCUUUCCUCCUCCACCAGUCAGCCUCGCAGCCCAAGGUAUGCUCAAGUCCCAAGUGUUUUAGUAUUGGGAGGAAGGUUGGUCUGUAGCUCUCAGCAUAGCACUGAUUCACUUUCAUUGUCCUCAUACUUCCAAUCUAUUGAAUUUUGCCAUAAAAUUUAUAAUAUUUACCAUCUAGAAUGCAAGAAUAAGUAAGCUUAGUUGGGAGUGUGUUGAGUAGAAGAACUAAGACAUUAAAACUAACUCACACCUUGGCAGCCUUGGGGCUCAGUGACUUUAGUGAGUGAGUGAGUGUUGCUCGUAGCACUCUCAUGGUAGCCUUAGGGAAGUGAGUGGAGUUUGUGUAUUUGUCUUGUUUUGGAAGAGCAUUGAUUCACUUUAUAGGAUUCACAAACUGUACAUAUUCAUAGUUCAUAGAGGGCAUUCACAGUGCAGUACUGAAAGGGACACUCAGGAUUGUUACUCAUCUCUUCCUGCGAGUCGGAACAAAAAUCAAGUAACGUCACAUUCUGUUUUACUGUAUUUGGCAUCCCUCCUUCAAUCUCAGCUCUGAUAUGCCAAGAAUAAGACUAAUGGUGCUGCAGGAAGGCCACAUGUUGCUGAGUGUGUAGAAGGAAGCCAGUGCCCACUUCUAAAAAAUGCAGUGAUAAUGUUGAGUAGGUCAUAUGGAGAGAUGAUUGACAGUUCAAAGUCCUGUUUAACAAGGUCCUCCUCUGUACAUACAUUUGUGAUAACUCAUGUCAAGGUGGACAGAUGUUUAUUUUUUUCACCAUGUAAGUAAGGAAAUGUGAACGAGUAAUGGUAGAUUAUACAUACCUUGAGAGUUGUGCAAGACUGAGUUAAGUGUUAUUUAUUUGUCCAAUCUGUGAGUCACGUUUUGAGUCACUUGCAGAUGUGUAGUGUAUAGAAGACUUGUGUAAUAUAUUGUUAUUGUUUUA